GGUCAGUGCGUGAGCUCUAGGAAUGGCAGUCUCGUGAAUUCCAUCAUAGCCAAGGACAUCGAUGAUAUUUCAAAUCAACAGUAUUCUCGUUGGCGUCGAUUGCUAAACCAAAGGACCCAUAACUCUCCAUUUUAUUCAACUUUCAGAUACAGAAAGCGGUAUCUAUCUACAUCAAUCUAAUACAGCCCGCCAUUAAACCCUAGUUUCCCCAUUUUCUCGGAUAUUCACUUCAAUAAAUAGACAUACGAAUCGAAGCGUUCAAGAGAUGGGGGAUGUUGCUGAUAAAUUGGCGUAUUUUCAAGCGAUCACAGGAAUCGAAGACCCCGAUUUGUGUACAGAAAUUCUCUCCGCCCAUGGAUGGGACCUCGAACAAGCCAUUUCUUCUAUGACCUCCACCGACAACCAUCGACCCACCGCCGCGUCCGGGUCCGCCACCGCAAAUACGAAUCCGGAAACUGAAGACACUGGAUUAGUUCUGGCGGCGAACGGCAAUCAACCCCCUGGAGUUGUCUGGAAAUUGGUAAAGCUCCCGUUUUCUAUCAUUUCGGGUGGUCUAGGGUUGAUUUCUGGUGCAGUUGGGCUCGGUAUAUGGGUGGCGAGUGGAGUUUUGUCUUAUUCGCUUAGUAUGAUAGGGCUUAAUAAUUCGGUCCGGUCUGGUACUACUCCGUUGGUGUCAGUGUCUCAGUCCACGUCAGAGGCCGUGGACUUUGUGUCGAGUUUUGAGAGGGAUUAUGGGAGGAUUAGGCCAAAUUUUGUGGCUGAGGGUUUCAUGGACGCGUUGCAGAGGUCUAGGCAUGAGUACAAGCUUUUGUUUGUUUACUUGCACUCGCCAGAGCAUCCUGACACACCUGCAUUCUGUGCAAGGACUUUGUGUAAUGAGACAUUGGCAGCUUUCGUCAACGAGAAUUUUGUGUCCUGGGGUGGAAGCGUUAAGGCCAGUGAAGGGUUUAAGAUGAGUAAUAGCUUGAAAGCUUCCAGGUUCCCCUUCUGUGCGGUGGUUAUGGCUGCCACAAACCAGAGGAUUGCGUUGCUACAACAGGUUGAGGGGCCAAAAUCUCCUGAAGAACUGCUCAGUAUACUGCAGAGAGUGCUUGAAGAAAGUGCUCCUGUUCUUGUUUCAUCCAGGCUUGAAGCAGAAGAAAGAAGAAACAACACGCGUUUGAGGGAGGAGCAGGAUGCUGCCUACCGAGCAGCACUUGAAGCUGAUCAAGCUAGGGAACGUCAGAGAAAAGAAGAACAAGAACGGUUGGAACGUGAAGCUACUGAAGCUGAGAGGAAAAGGAAAGAGGAGGAAGAGGCUCAGGAAAGAGCUGCACGUGAAGCUGCUGAGAAAAAAGCUGCAAUAGCUAAGAUGCGUGAAGAGAAAGCUGCAUCUCUAGGUGCAGAACCUGCUAAAGGACCGGAUGUUACUCAAGUUCUGGUUCGGUUUCCAAAUGGAGAGCGCAAGGAGAGAAGGUUUCAUUCGACAGCAACAAUACAAACACUGUACGACUAUGUUGAUUCUUUGGGCUGCUUAGAAGUUGAGAGUUACAGCCUCGUAUCCAACUUUCCUCGCACUGUUUACGGCCCCGACAAACUUUCUUUGUCCCUAAAAGAGGCAAAAUUACAUCCUCAGGCCAGCCUUUUCGUGGAGUCAAAUUCAUGAGAAGGACGUGGACAAAAUCUUGUAAUCCAAUAUGAAAACUUUCUUUGAGAUUUCUAUUGUGACGUGUCUUUCUGAUAGAUACAAUUAACGUGAUUCUCCUUUCCUGUGCCCACGUUGUUGAUAUUUGACAUAAUUGCAUAUUGAAGUUUACAAAUGCGAUAAAUAAAUGUACAAAUGCAGUGAAACUUGUAGCUCCCUAUAUUGAUUGA